CACCCUCACUCUAUCACUACCCAACGAAUCCCGCUCCUCUUCCUCAUUAUUAGCGGCUCCAAAGAAAAUUUAAAUAUAUUUUUCGGACAAAAACUACCCUUUCCAGAAUUCAAACAGUCAGAAAUCAGAAGGAAAAUAAAGGAAGAGAAAUCUUGACAAUGGAAGUUUGGAUUGAAUGCAAUAUUUCCACUCAAUUUCGUAUGUAAUUUAGUCGUCAAUCGUUCAAUCAUUGUCAAUCCCCGCCAGAAUUGUAACUGCUGUAGUCGCCGGCCAUGCAAUACCGCCAACUCUCUGAGCAUUCAAUGCUUGAUUUCUAGUUCCCUAAAAUUUCGGAAUUCUGAGUUGUCUUUGGUGAUUUGAAUUUUGAAUUCAGAGGAGAAAGAACCCGGAGACUGUCGGUCUAGAGUGAUUGUAUCAGGCGUGGUAUGGAGAAAAAGUAUUGGGAUUGAAGGACAAAAACUUCAAUAAUCAACAGUCAGAACAGAAGAUGAAGAAGCUAUUUUUUAGAUCGUUUGGCACUGGUAAUGGGAAACAUAAUUUAGCUCUUCCAUCGACAAAUGAAAGCGAAACUCACUUAGAACAUCCAUUAGAGGGUAGGAAGAGUAGUUCUAUUAGUGAUAAGGCUGGAAGUAGUCCCCAGAGUACCAGGUCCGGGAAGCAAAUAGAUGAUAGUGAAAGGUCCAGCACCGGUCCUAAACUUAGAAGGACCCGGUCGUUAUCUUCGGCUGCAUUUAGAGACCAAGGUCAAAUAGACUUUUAUGGUUCAAGUGAUCCAAGUAGAUCUCCUGGCAAUGCUAGUAGUGGCUUUAAACGGCAACAUGAACAGUCAUCUCGUUGCCAAAGUCCGUCUCGAGAGAUGCAAUUCAAAGCAAAGCAGCUGGAAAUGCCACAUGAUUACUAUACCUCAGGACCUGUUAGGCCAUGCUCAAGAACUUGCUAUGAUUCUUCAGGAAAUUCUUCCAAUAGCGUCAGUUCUGUUUCAAAUAGGGUCUUAGACCGCUACAUUGAUGGUGAACAACACCAGGAAAUAAAUGGAUCCAUGAAUAAGUGUUUUCAGAGGAAUAAUGGGUGGCGGCCUCCACGAGCUCAGUGUCUGCUACACGCUUCAACAUCUGCUAGUAUUAAAGAUAAACCAAGAUCCUAUUCAUCCAGGGAAGCUAAAAGUUCCCAUUCUCGUUUAUUGUCUGGAGAAGUGGUAGAAUAUGGAUUUGGGAACGACUCACCUCGAAGUAUUGCAAAGAAUGUUGUUGACAGACUCUCACAACAUCAUGUUGUGCCUAAAGCGACCUCAAAAGAGCUUGAUGAAAAUAUACCCAUCACAGUUACAGAUAUUCAUAGUCGAUCAUCUAAUGGAUGCUUUGAUCCUAAUUCAGAUUUGGCGACCCAACCAUGUUUCCCUACAGAUGAGCCUUGGGAAACAGUUAGCGGACACAUUUAUGAGAGUUGUAAGCCUGGUGAAACUAAUGAGGAUUUUGAUGGAGAAUUACAAAAAAGGGCCAAGGAAGCAGAGGAGAGGGUUGUGUUUCUGUCUGAAGAACUUGAACAAGAACGUUUCAAUCAAUAUAGGAAAUUUGAUGUGUCAGAUCUGAUCCAGAUAAUUAAAAAUCUCAAUGGGGAGAGGUUCACAUUGGCACUUGAAAUUUCAAACCUUCUACAGUCUCGAAUUGCUGAUAGGACGUGUGCCAGAAAAGAGCUUAGACAGGCAAAUGCAGAAUUGGAGUCCAGAACUUUGAAACUGGAGAAGGAGAAAAUUGAGUUGCAGGUAGGACUAGAGAAGGAACUAGACAGAAGGUCAAGUGACUGGUCAUUCAAGCUUGAGAAGUACCAAUUAGAGGAAGAGGGGCUAAGGGGGCGAGUUAGAGAGCUAGCUGAACAGAAUGUCUCACUACAAAGAGAGGUUUCUUCUUUAAACAAGAUGGAAACAGAGAACAGAAGCAUAACAACUAAUCUCGAGCAAAAUAUCCUGGAUCUAACAGCUAGAAUUGAUGAAAAGAAUGAACAAAAUAAAUAUUUACAGCUAAACCUCUCUAAAUUAGAAGAAGAUUACAGGGGAGCAAUAGAAGGCAUGGAUUGCAUCAGAAAGAAUUUUGAGGAGAAAGAGAAGGAGUGCGGAGAGUUACAUAAAUCAAUCACAAGGUUAUUGAGGACCUGCAACGAACAAGAGAAGACUAUUGAUGGUUUGCGGGAAAGAUUAAGUGAGCAAUUUGGUAAUAUUCAACCAGUGGAGAAACUUGAUAAGCAAUUUGAAAGAUUGAAGAUGGAACAGAUGAGAUUAACAGGAGUGGAACUGGCUUUGAGAAAGGAGUUAGAAUCUUAUAGAGUUGAAGUUGAUUCUCUUCGACAUGAGAAUAUAAAAAUAUUGACUCGUUUAAAAGAAAAUGGGAAUGAGAGUGGUGCUAUAACCUUCAAGUUGGAUAAUGAAAUGUCAGCUCGUGUUUACCAUCUUCAAAAUCAAGGUUUGGUAUUACUAAAUGAGAGUACUCAAUUUUGUUCCAAGUUACUCGAGUUCAUUAAAGAGAAAGUUGGUCAGUUUCAUCCAACUAAGCAUAGAAUAGAGUACAUCAAGAAUGGUUUAUAUGGACAAUUUUUUCUUGAAUCUGAAAUGAAAAUUCGCAGCUUCAAGCAUGGAAUCGAGAGCCUGACAAUGAGUUUACAGAAAAUAUCUAUGUUGUUGCAAGCGAAGUCUAACUCCACUUCUCAGAGUUCAGGUGUAGAUAAUGCACUACAACUCAGUUGUCAAUAUGCAGAGGAUGGUUUAAGAUCUGAACUAAAAGCAGAAACUUUAUUUUCAAGCCUAUUGAGAGAGAAACUAUACUCUAAAGAGCUGGAAAUGGAGCAAUUGCAAGCUGAACUGGUGACAGCAGUAAGAGGGAAUGAUAUACUAAAAUGUGAAGUCCAGAAUGGAAUGGAUAGCCUUUCCUGCCUUACCCAUAAGAUGAAAGAUCUUGAACUUCAGUUGCUGAAGAAAAAUGAGGACAUAAACAAAUUACAUAACGGUCUCGAGGAGUCUACAAGGGAAUUAGAAACUCUAAAGGACAUAUUAGAGAAAAUUUCGAAGGAGAGAGACAUGAUGUUGGAAGAAGUAAACAAAAACAGGGAAAAGAACAUGCUAUUGAACUCAGAAGUUGAUAUGUUGAAAUCAAAGAUAGAGACGUUGGAAGAGGAUAUUUUGCUGAAGGAAGGUCAGAUAACAAUUUUAAAAGAUACAAUUGCUAGUAAAUCUAUUGACCUUCUUUCUUCUCCCAGUUCUACGUGGGAAUUUCGACUGCAGUAAAAAUGGAAAAAUUAUACCUGGAGGAUUUUACCGAGUCCUGCCUGCAGUAACAGGUAAAUUGCACAGUUACCUUGGAUAAAUGCCCAGUUUACUUUGCAAAUCAGUCUUUUGAUUUGUUUGCCUUUUUGAUUUUGGGAUCUUCGACGAAGUGGAAGAUUUUGAAAAUAAAAACAUAAUGAUUGUUUGGUUAACUUGACCUCACAUUUUGUUGCUGUAUCUAGUUAGCUUAUACCCUCUUUAUAAGCAAGAGGUAAAUUUUUGGUAUGGAAUUCUUCAAUUAUUUUAUGACAAUUUUUUUUUUUUGAAGAAUGGUACUUUUAUUAGGUUGGUUCCUCUAGAAGUAAAAAUGUUUAAAGCAUUUUCAAAUUAGUUUUAUUUUAUCUAUAUAGGGCGUGAUGGUUGAAGUAGUAGAUUAAAUAGAAAGAGAUUUAGAUCCAAUUGAUUUUCAAUCAUAUUGAUAUUUGGUUUCAAACUUAUAAAUGUAAUUUUGAAUUAUUAUGUUUAGUUUCAAAAGUGAUUUUAGAAUUAUCAAAUUACUGCGAAGAAAAAAAAAGAUUAUUCUUAAAUGUAGGGGUAAAUUCGGCAUUUCAAUGAAUAAAUGAAAUGAGGGUAAAAUUUUGAGAUAAUUAUUGAUCAAUCACCUCACCAAGAUUAUGAUUUUAGAUUCUUCUAAAUUUAAUUUCAACAUUUGCCUAACAUUAACGCCAAAAUUUCUCUAAACAUACCCAAAAUGUUGUAAAAUAGCUAAAAGCAUUUCAAAGAAAUCCAAAAUGCGUCCUAUGCUUCACUGUUAGAAGUUGGAACUACCAAAAUGUUGUUCUCUUCAAUGGUCUUAUACUGCAUUAAAAAAUAAGGUGACAACUCAAUUUUGACACUAAACUUACAAAUUUUAUCAAUCUUAAUCUUAAACUUUUCAUUCAAUUAAUUUAAACCUCAAACUUGACAAAUUAUUUCAAUUUUAAUAUUAAACUUUCAAUUUGGUAGAUCGUAUCAAUUUUAACUCUAAUGAGACUUAAUCAAAGAUGUAAAUCGAUAUAAAUUAUUCUAGUUUGUGGUUAAUGUCACAAUUUAAAACCCCAAUUUGAUAGAUUGUAUCAAUUUUCAUCCUAAUGAGACUUAAUUAAGGAUGCAAUCGAUAUAAAUUGUUCUAGUUUGAGAUUUAAAUGGAUGAAAUUAGAAGUUUAAGGUUAAAAUUGAUACAACUACCAAAUUUGAUGUUUAAAAUUGAUACAACAUAUCAAAUUUAAGGUAAUAUAUAUAUAUAUAUAUUUUAAAUGGAGAAAAUUGUCCAUAUUUACUUCCUUACCGUGCCAAGAAAGUGUCAUGUAUGGCUAUACUUUGAGAGCAAACUCUUAAAAUUCUUUUAUUAUCAAUAUUAAAAGCAUGCAAUAGAAGUUCAUCCACCAAAGGCAUAAAUUCAUCCAUUAACAGGGAAAUCUCAAACCAACUAAGGGAAAUUUGAAAGUGAUUUUGUUGAAAAUAAUUUGUUUUUGAGUGAAUUAUUAAAGUGAGUUUCAUCCAAUCAUUUUAAUAUUUGGGUUCACACUUUUAAAUAUGAUUUUUAUACCAUUAAAUUCAAAAGAGUGAUUUAAUCAUUUCAAAAUCACUCCCAAAUAUGUCAUUAAUCAUUUUGAUUUGAAUAAUUUUAUCAAUUAUGACUUUUACCUUUACUACAAUACUAACAUUCGUAGGAUUUAAUAGCGUAAUAGUAUGAAAUUUUCAUUUAUCCCGAAGUGAAUCCAACAUUCAUGCUAUCGACUUGAGAAGAGAUAGAGAAAGGAGUCUUGUUAUCCUAAAAUAUCUUGAUUGAAAAUCCAAACUAUUUACCAUAAAUUUUAGCAUCAUUUUCCUUAUCAAAUAAAAUUGCUCGUCUCAUUUUUUUGUUAUAAUAGCCAUAUUUAAGAACAUGAAAUCUCUAAAAUAAACAAUAUAGUGAAUAUGUCAAAUUAUGAAUGAAAUGUGGUCAUUCCACAACACCAAAAAUCUUGAUCACUUAUUAUAUGAGAACCUUCUAUUAGAUAAACCAUUAAAUGCAUGCUCAAUUUUCUUCCAAUUGAAUAUGUAAUGUGUUAAUGAUUUCAAUAACACCAAAGUAAUGAGUCAGAAAUUUAAAAAAAGAUGAUGUCAAUUGAAUAUUAAAUGUUUCAAUUUGGUGUCUGCAAGUCAGAAAUUAAAAGGGGGAAAAAAAAAACUAACUAAAGUUAACUAUUUGAUAAAAAUUUGGAGGGAGGGAGAG